GCGCCGGGAUCUGUGCCAAUCGUUUGUCUCUCGAAGCAGUUUGGUGAUGGUGGACAAGUGUUUCCUGAGGGCCUGAUCGAAGACUGGAUGUGGUUGUAACUAUGCCUACGUCAGGGUGGGGGGUGUGGGCCCUCUCCCCCUGUGGCCUCGUGCUGCUCAUCUGUUCGUCUGUGUGUCUGUCCCAGCAGCCUCACAUCAAACCUGCAGACUGCAGUAGAAAGGAACAUCCUGUUGUCUCCUACCAGAUGUUAAGGCCGUGGAUGUCAGAGUUCUCCCGUCCAGGAGUGAAGGAUUUCUCCCAGCUGGCCCUGGACCUGAGCAGAAACCAGCUCAUUGUGGGAGCAAGAAAUUUCAUCUUCAGGCUGAGUUUGAGCAACGCCUCCCUCAUACAGGCGACAGAAUGGGCACCCGAUGAAGAUACAAAGCGCUCAUGUCAGAGCAAAGGCAAAUCUGAGGCGGAAUGUCAAAACUACAUCCGGGUUUUGUUGAUCAAUGGGAGGACCCUCUUCACGUGUGGGACCAAUGCUUUCACCCCGGUCUGUAUGACCAGGCAGAUUGUUAACGUCAGUCAGGUGUUGGACACAGUGAACGGUGUCGCCCGAUGUCCCUAUGACCCUCGCCACAACUCCACCGCCAUGGUGACGGAGAAGGGCGAGUUGUAUGCUGCUACAGUGAUCGACUUCUCAGGACGUGACCCGGUCAUCUACAGGAGCCUGGGGAACAUGCCGCCGCUGCGCACCGCGCAGUACAACUCCAAAUGGCUCAACGAGCCUCACUUUGUGUCUGUGUAUGAGAUCGGUCGGUUUGCCUACUUCUUCCUGAGAGAGACAGCAGUAGAAAACGACUGUGGGAAGAUGGUGUUCUCCCGCGUGGCGCGCGUCUGUAAGAACGACAUGGGCGGCCGUUUCCUUUUGGAGGACACGUGGACGACCUUCAUGAAGGCCCGGCUCAACUGCUCCCGCUCAGGAGAAAUCCCCUUUUACUACAACGAGCUGCAGAGCACCUUCUACUUACCGGAGCAGGACCUGAUCUAUGGCAUCUUCACCACUAAUGUGAACAGCAUAUCGGCUUCGGCUGUCUGCGCCUUCAAUCUGAGCUCCAUCACCCAGGCAUUCAACGGACCUUUCCGCUACCAGGAGAACCCCCGCACUGCCUGGCUCUCCACACCAAACCCCAUCCCUAAUUUUCAGUGUGGCACCCUGGAGGAGGGAGGCCCCGGGGGGAACCUGACAGAGCGCAUCCUCCAGGACGCUCAGCGACUCUUCCUGAUGAACGACGUGGUCCAGCCGGUGACCGUCAACCCUCUGCUCACCCAGGACAACCUGCGCUUCUCCAAGAUGGUGGUGGACAUCGUGCAGGGCAGAGACACCCUCUACCAUGUUAUGUACAUCGGCACUGAAUAUGGCACCAUCCUGAAGGCUCUCUCCACAACCAAUAAAAGCCUUCAUGGCUGCUACCUGGAGGAGCUCAGGAUCCUCCCCGAAGGGCAAAUCGGGCCAAUCAAGAGCCUGCAGAUCCUCCAGAGUGACAGGUCUUUGUUUGUGGGACUUGAUGACAGAUUGGUGAAGAUCCCGUUAGAGCGAUGCUCCAGCUACCCAAGCGAACGUUACUGCAUGGAAGCUCGGGACCCAUACUGUGGCUGGGAUCACAAACAGAGGCGCUGCACCACCAUCGAGGAGAGCUCCAACAUGAACCAGUGGACCCAAAACAUCACAGAGUGCCCAGUGAGGAACCUAACGCAGGAUGGCGGUUUUGGUCCUUGGGCACCGUGGCAGCCGUGUAACCACGAUGACGGCGAGGGCUCCAUCAGCAGCUGCUCAUGUCGGUCCCGCUCAUGUGACGGGCCGAUGGCCCGAUGCGGUGGGGUCGAAUGCAAGGGCCCGACCAUCCAGGUGGCAAACUGCUCCAGGAAUGGCGGCUGGACUCCCUGGUCUUCAUGGGGCCAGUGCAGCAGCAGUUGCGGCAUCGGGUUCGAAGUGAGGCAGAGGUCCUGCAACAACCCCUCGCCUCGCCACGGCGGUCGAGUCUGCGUCGGCCAGGGUCGAGAGGAGAGGCUGUGCAAUGAGAAAAAGCCAUGUCCCCUGCCAGUGCUGUGGACAGCAUGGAGCCCCUGGGCUCACUGCAGUGCUGAAUGUGGAGGUGGGGUCCACUCCAGGACCAGAACCUGUGAGAAUGGAAACACUUGUCCUGGAUGUGCCACGGAGUAUAAGGUCUGUAACCUGGAGGCCUGCCCCGAGGUACGCCGCAACACCCCCUGGACUCCCUGGAUGCCGGUCAAUGUUAGCCAAGAUGGGGCACGGCAAGAGCAGAGGUUCAGGUACACCUGCCGGGCACUGCUACCCGACCCCCAGCAGCUGCAGCUGGGCAAGAAGAAGGUGGAGACCCGGUUCUGUCCCAAUGACGGCUCUGGAGCCUGUCAGACUGACUCUCUGGUCGAAGACUUGGUGAAGACUAGUGGCCGAGCUCUGUCCCAGCCCCAAGGCGCUCGCUGGGGAUCCUGGGAAACGUGGUCCAGCUGUUCGCAGCAGUGCUCCAGAGGCUUCCGAACCCGGAAACGUAGCUGCUCGUCGGCAGAGGGCAGGUCCAACCCGAGCGCCUGCGUAGGAUCCCCAGUGGAGUAUCAGGACUGCAACACUCAACCCUGUCCAGUGAGCGGGGCCUGGUCUUGCUGGUCCUCCUGGUCCCAGUGCUCGUCCAGCUGUGGGGGGGGACACUACCAGCGUACUCGAACGUGCAACAGCCCACCACCUGCCAAUGGAGGAGACAUCUGCAUCGGCCUGCACACUGAAGAGGCCCUCUGCAACACACAUACUUGUGAAGGUUGGGGUGAGUGGACAGAGUGGGGGGAUUGUGAUGAGGAAGGUCUGCAGCAUCGCACUCGUCGCUGCGGUGAGGACCAGGAGGCCGAGGCCAGUCUCUGCCAGGGCAACAUCACCCAGUCCAGGCCAUGCCAGCCCCAUGAGGUGCCAGUCAUUCUACCCGGACAGGAGGACCACAGCUGUGGAACCUUUACCUUGUUCCAGCUGGUAGCUGUGGGCUCAGCUAGUUUCUUCGCAGCAGCGUUACUGUCAGCGCUGGCCUACACCUACUGCCACCACCUGAACCGGCCGUCAGCGGAGUCAGCAGUCAUCCACCCCAGCACACCCAACCACCUCACCUACAACAAGCAGGGCAACAGCACGCCAAAGAAUGAGAAGUACAUCCCCAUGGAGUUUAAGACGCUGAACAAGAACAAUCUCCACGUGAACGACGAGACGACGUGCAACCACUUCCCCUCCCCACUGCCCUCCAGCAAUAUGUUCACCACCACCUACUAUCCUCCCAGCCUGAGCAAGUACGACUUCCAUCCUGACUCCCCCUGCAGGACCUACAUGCACAGCUGAGAGGAGGCCGGGCUCUGACAAAACAAAAACAACAACAACCCUCUUUACUCACCCCAACACCAGAACCCCCAAGAAAGUCUUAAAGUAAACACCAAAAUCCUCGUCAUGUUCCACUCAGUUAUUUUGAUCUGUUAAUGAGAUCUCGGUUCACGUAACUGUGUUCCUGUUAGUCUGUAUAAUCCACAUUCUUACCCAAACAGAAACUGAAAAACACCAAUUUGUGGUUUUAGGUCGAGUUAGGUGUUGGAGCUUUCUUGGCGAACCACAGCCGGUCUUAGAGACUGUGCACAGUUUUAUAGCAUUUACCCCAAAACCAUACAUCUUCCUCUUUUACAUUUCUGUUUGUGUUUGCAUUAAACAAACGACAUAGAGGUUUAAAAGUGUCAGGCUGUUAGAAAACCAGUUCCUGCCUGCAGCUCUGUACUUAACACACAGACAGAAGAUUGGUAUUGAUGUUUUAAUUUCACUCCCUCAAAGAAAGCAAAUAAGCAAAAUGAUGAACUUUGUCUUUAAGGGCUCUGCACACUA